AUAAGGUUUGUCUCUUUAAAUUAACCCCCUCAGUUAGCCCCACCUCCUGCUCCUUAAACGGCCAAUCAACGCGUAGUGCACGUGACGAGCGGUCUUUGCGAUGACUUCAUCCCUGGUGUGGGAUGACGUCAAAUUCAAGAUGGAUGGGAUCACGACUAGCACGCAGCAACCUCGACAACAGUGAAGAAAGUCCGGGCUGCGUGAAGACCAGACACCUGUCGACGGAACGGCCAUGGAGAGCCUGGUGCACUACAGUAACCCGCCCCACGCCCUCUCUGUGCUGGGGGUCCUCAACGAGCAGCGGCUGCAGGGCCACAUGUGUGACGUGGUUCUAGUGGUGGCCGACCAAAGGUACCGGGCCCAUAAGAGCGUUCUCGCUGCCAGCAGUGAGUACUUCCAAACUCUUUUCUCACGGACGGACGCCGAGUCGCCGGAAGUGGUAAACCUGGACUUCUGUGAGCCCGACGCCUUUGAGAUUGUUCUCAACUACAUCUACUCCUCCUGUCUGUUUGUGGACAAAGGCAGCCUGGCAGCCAUCCAGGAGCUGGGAUACAGCCUUGGAAUUCCCUUCCUCACCAACAUCGUGUCAACAAGGCCGCAUGCUUCCUACUGCGUGUCCAGAAAAAGGCUCUCAUUCUCAGAGGGGGACGAGAACGACGCCCAAACAAGGAGCGUCAUUGUGUGUCGGGUCCAGAACAACUCAGUCCCUCUCUACUUCUCAAAUUAUCAGGGAAAAACUUUGGAGAGAUCAUCAUCGUCGUCAUCUCCCUUCACUCGAGAGGCAGCUCUGCCUCCACCAGAACACAAAUCAAACGAGUCCGGCAGGAAGUGUUCAGAAAUGAGCCGCCUGUCAGAGAGGAAGUCCAGCUAUCCGUAUGCCUCCAUAUUAAAGGAAAACUCCUCACACAUUUCAUCCGUCAGGCCACAGCUGACAUCCUCCGUGUCUUUUAGCGAUGCUGAGGGUCAGCACGUACAGCCGCUGUCCGGUAUUGGCAUGAAGGAGGACAACGAUGAGCUGGAGCUCCACUAUCAUAAUAGAGUCCCCCCUCAGGCCCAGUCCGCUGAGCUGAGCCAGACCCCCGACAGGAGCGGCCCGCUCAUCAAAAGCCUCUUACGGAGAUCCUUAUCCAUGGACAGCCCCGUUCCAGUUUUCUCUCCCACGCUGGAGCUGAAGGAUCUUCAAAACCGAGAGCAGUCGGUCGUCAAAAUGGCCUCCAAGGCUUCUGGAUCAGAAACCUUCUCCCACAAUGGCAGCUCAAGCAGAGCGUCCUCUCUGGUUCUCAGGUCCAAGCCCCCCGGCAGGUUUGAUAAAGAAACUCAGGUAGAGGAUCUCAGUGUGAAGGCUGAGCCCAGCAGUCCACUCGCUGACCCCAUGGACAUUAUUCGGAUCACAGUGGGAGACACUUUGCCGGUCAGUCUGAAAAACCUGCAGAAUAAUUUCUGCCAAGGCUCCAGGGCCGACUUUAGUCCACUGGGAAAACGGAAAGAAUGGGCCGACAACAGGAGGUACCCGUUCAAGAAGAGCAAGUUCUUUAAAGAAGACGCUGUUUCACUUGAUGCUAACGUGUCCGAGCCUGCACCCCAGCACGCCCCCGAUCAGAGCAACGGGGAACCUCCUGCCAACAAGGUGUACAAAUGCUGGAACUGUUUAAAGGUUUUCCGGUCCAGCACCGGAUUACAUCGUCACGUAAACAUGUAUCACAACCCCGAGAAGCCGUACGCGUGCGACAUCUGCCAUAAGCGCUUCCAUACCAACUUCAAAGUGUGGACUCACUGUCAGACCCAGCAUGGUGUGGUUCAGAACCCGGCAUCGUCCUCCACCUCGUCAGUGCUGGAUGAGAAGUUUCAGAAGAAGCUGAUCGACAUCGUGAGAGAGAGGGAAAUAAAAAAAGCGUUGCUCUGGAAGCUGAAGAGGAACAAGCAGAGUCUGCAGCCUCCACUUGCUAAAAAGAGAGCCAGGUCUAACUUCAUUUGUCCUUAUUGUGGCAAAGUUUUUCUGUUCCAGUCUCAGUACAGGCAGCAUUUACGGACCCAUCCAGCUGACAGGAACGAGCGGGAUGUGGAGCGGGAAGGCGCGCUCUACCCGGAGCGGGAUGAGAUCAUUCAGCAGAACACGGACACAGGUGUCUACACCUGCAGGCUCUGCAACGUCAGACUGUCGUCGCCGCUGGAGCAGGGGGACCACGAGAGGGGCUGCAGGCAUGCCACCGUGUGUCCUUACUGUGGUCUCCGUUUCUCCAGUCCGGGUGUCAAGAAGGAUCACGAGGCUCACUGCAAGUACAAGAAACUGACAUGUCUGGAAUGCAUGCGCACCUUCAAAUCCUCCUUCAGCAUAUGGCGCCACCAGGUGGAGGUCCACAACCAGAACAUGAUGACUAGUAAAAACCAGAUUCAGCCCAAGCUACAGGAGAGCAACAAAGAAAAGCCCAAGUUCCUCCGGGAGGAGCCUUACAGCAACGACCCCGCUUCAGGUGGGCGGUUCGGACAAAACAUGACUUACAGUGACUCCUCAGGUCCACCCAUGUAUGACUCGGAGGACUCCUUGUCCUACGCUCCUGAGGAUCUGAGCAUGGGCCACCAAGGGAACCUGGUGGUGAAGGAGGAGCCUUUUGAGGAAGCAGUGAGUGAGAGGGACAACACGGAGGCUGCAAAAGCCGGGCUGGAAGAACCCGGCGUGUGGCCCUGUGAGAAGUGUGGGAACCUCUUCAGCUCUCGUAAAGACCUAGAGCGCCACCAGGAGCUACUGUGCCUCAUAAAGCCCUUCAUCUGUCACAUCUGCAACAAAGCCUUCAGGACCAACUUCCGCCUUUGGAGCCACUUCCAGUCUCACAUGUCCACUUCAAACGAACCUGGAGCCAAAGAAAUGGACAGGCACCCACCGUCUGCGUCUCCCUCCCCACCUCUGACUCCUAAAACCUCCGAGCACCUCCCCGUACAGGCGGCACCAGUGGCAGCUGUGGUCACAGAGGAGUCCAGCAGCCCAGAACCCUGCAGCUCCUUGCCCAGCACAACAGCGAGACCCGAGGCUGAGCCAGGCAGCCACGGUUCCCCAUCCAAAUCCAACAGCCUGGAGAACCCCGCUGGACCUCCGGAGUCCGACACGCUCUUCUACCACGCUCCGUCGCUGUCCGCCCUGACCUUUAAGAGGCAGUACAUGUGUAAACUCUGUCACAGAACCUUCAAGACGGCCUUCAGCCUGUGGAGCCACGAGCAGAGCCACAGCCACAUCUGAAUGUACCGCACUCUGCCCGCCACUGAAGCGGCCAUGUUUGUUACAGAUGUAAACAUGAAUGUGCAAUCAAGUGCUAUAGUCCUCUUUCAGAUCGUGUGAAGCCGGCUCCUCGUCCAGAAGUGAUGUGAGAAUCUGUUGGUGUUUACCUCUGUAGGGUCAGGGUUCAUCUUUAUGCACUUUGUUAUUACGCUUGUCUCUGAUAGGACAGAAGCAAAGCCUCGUUUACAUAACGGGGGUCAAAUAUCCGGGAUGCUCGGCAUUCCCAUCAGCUGUUCUCCACAGAAUUUAAAAUAAGCCGACAGAUACUUUCUCAGCCUGAUUAAAUCUGCUGCGGUGUGGAUAAGUUCGAUAAACCAAAAGGUGUCUGCCAAAAGAGAGAGAGAGCUGUUUUUAACCCCAUAAAAAGCUUCCAGUAGACGUGAGCUGUGUAGAACCAGCUGAUGGAUCUGGGAGCGUUUCCUGGUAUCUAAUGGUGUUCGGCACCACCUACACACGACCACGGGCUGCUGAAUUUAUCCUGCUUCGAUCGCCUUAAGCAACCUUUUUCUAUGAUUUACGUGAAAGCACAAGAAGACCGCUGACUCAGGCAUUUCAGGGUGAAAGACAGGCAAAUAAAAUGGUACUCCUGCUUUCUGGAGAUUUAUUACAGAGGUGGUGUUUGAUAGUAUUGCAGUGGUUUCAUCACAGUUAGGUGAUAGUAUUUUUGUACAAGUGUGUGUGUGUGUGUGUGUGUACAUAUAUAUAUAUAUAGAUAUAGAUAUAUACACACUCCUGCUUUUGGCUUGGUGGGGUAACCUGUAAGUGUUGUGCCUGUUAGGCUGGGGAGAGUCCGAGUGCUCCAGUCCACCUUUACCCCACACAGAGCACGGGGCUGUGUAGUGAACAGAUGGUGUUGCUAAUAGUGCUCUUAACUUCUAGUGAGGACACCUUCCACAGACUCGUGUUUGUACGCUCCACUUUUGUACCCGUUGGAUCUUUUUACUCUUCUGUGCUCUUACUGCAAUAAUGGAUAUUUGUAUUGGCGUUGGUUGUAUUAAUGUUGCUUUCUGAGUUUUGUGUUGGAGUUUUCUACACUUAUUUUGUGCCACACUUCAGUAAUAAAGUGUAACAGCCUCAA